AUGCAGGGCACUGGACCUGACGUGAUUGAGUUUGACAACCUGAAAAGGUCAAAUGCCCACUACAAUCUUCAAAAUGCUUUUAAUAUUGCUGAGAAGGAGCUUGGAUUAACAAAGCUCUUGGAUCCUGAAGACGUUAAUGUUGAUCAACCCGAUGAGAAGUCCAUUAUUACAUAUGUGGCUACCUAUUAUCAUUACUUCUCAAAGAUGAAGGCUCUGGCAGUAGAGGGCAAAAGAAUUGGCAAGGUUUUAGACUACGCUAUUGAAGCAGAUCAACUGAUUGAUAAAUAUGAGACAUUGGCUUCCGAGCUGUUGCAGUGGAUUGAGCAGACGAUAGUGACCCUAAAUGAUCGGCAGCUAGCAAACUCUUUGAGCGCUGUUCAGAAUCAGCUCCAGGCUUUUAACUCCUACAGAACAGUAGAGAAACCACCCAAAUUUACAGAGAAAGGAAAUCUGGAAGUUCUGUUAUUCACAAUACAAAGUAAGAUGCGUGCCAACAACCAGAAAGUGUACAUGCCAAGAGAAGGAAAGCUGAUAUCUGACAUAAAUAAGGCUUGGGAGAGACUAGAAAAGGCAGAGCAUGAACGAGAGCUGGCACUGAGGAAUGAGCUCAUUCGACAAGAAAAGCUGGAAAUGCUUGCUGCUCGUUUUGAUCGCAAAGCAGCAAUGAGAGAGACCUGGCUCAGUGAGAACCAAAGAUUGGUAUCCCAGGAUAAUUUUGGGACUGAUCUUGGAGCUGUUGAAGCAGCCACACGUAAACAUGAGGCCAUUGAGACAGACAUCGGCGCAUACUGGGAGCGAGUUGCUGCUGUGGAGGCUGUAGCGAAAGAGCUGGAGGCAGAGAGCUAUCAUGAUGUCCGGCGGAUAAUAGCAAGAAGAGACAAUGUACUUCGACUCUGGGAAUAUCUAAAAGAGCUCCUUGCUGCACGACGGGAGCGGCUCAAUGCUCAUCGUGAUUUACAAAGACUGUUUCAGGAAAUGCGAUACAUCAUGGACUGGAUGGCUGACAUGAAGGGUCGGUUACAGUCUCAAGACAGCGGUAAACAUUUACAUGAUGUAUUAGACUUGCUACAGAAGCACACACUGGUGGAGGCUGACAUCUCUGCUCAAGCUGAGCGGAUCAAGGGAGUUCAGGGAGCAGCCGCACGAUUCACGUCCUAUGAACAAGCCUACAAGCCAUGCGAGCCUGCUCUAGUGGGUGAAAAAGUGGAGAUGUUGGGUCGAUCCUAUGAGGAGUUGGGUCAGCUCGCAGGGACGCGUAAAGAACGCCUUGAAGAUUCACACCGUUUGUGGCAGUUCCUUUGGGAUGUGGGAGAAGAAGCUGCUUGGAUCAGGGAACAGGAGCAAAUCCUGGCCAGUGGUGAAUGUGGCCGAGACCUUACAUCUGCUCUUCACCUGCUCAGUAAACACGAGGCUUUCCGGGACGAGAUGGCUGCUCGCUAUGGGCCACUUAAUCAUAGUAUUUCUGCUGGAGAGACUUUAGUGAAUGAGGGUCACUUUGGAGCGCCAGAGGUCACAGAGAGAAUUGAGGACAUUCGAGCACAAUGGUCACAUUUGGAAGAGACGACCAAGCAGAGGGAGCAGCAGCUGAAGGAAGCUGCAGCUUUGCAUCAGUUUGAAGCUGAUGCUAAUGACAUGGAGGCAUGGAUCAUGGAGACUCUUCGGCAGGUGUCAAGUCAAGAAGUUGGCCAUGAUGAGUUUUCUACACAAACUUUGGCCCGAAAACAGAGGGAGGUAGAGGAAGAAAUCCAUAGUCACCGCCCACUGAUUGACUCUCUACAUGAGCAGGCCCAGGCCUUACCCCAAACCUACACAAGUUCUCCUCAGGUGGAAGGCCGAUUACCUGCGAUUGAACAGCGCUACGAAGAGCUGGAGACUCUCUCUGCAGCCCGUCGCCAAGCCCUGGAGGGGGCCUUGGCCUUGUACCGCAUGUUCAGUGAGGCUGAUGCCUGCCAGGUAUGGGUGGAAGAAAAAGAGCAGUGGCUGCAUGGCAUGGAAAUUCCUACUAAACUAGAAGACUUGGAGGUAGUGCAGCAGAGAUUUGAGACUUUAGAACCAGAGAUGAACAACGUAGGCAGUCGUGUUAAUGAUGUGAACCAGGUAGCUGAACAACUGCUGAGCUCUGAUAACCGCAACAAGGACCAAAUAUAUCAGACAAAAGACCAGCUCAACAACAGAUGGAAGGACUUUGAACUACUGGCUGGCCAAAAGAAACAAGCCUUGGACUCAGCUCUAAACAUUCAGAACUAUCACCUUGAAUGUAACGAGAUCCAGACAUGGAUGAAGGAGAAGACCAAGGUGAUCGAGUCCACACAGAGCUUAGGCAAUGACCUGGCUGGAGUCAUGGCAUUGCAGCGCAAGCUCACUGGCAUGGAGAGGGACUUGGAGGCCAUUCAGGGAAAGUUGGAUGACUUUGAAAAAGAGGCAGAAAAGUUAGCUAAAGAGCAUCCGGAUCAAGCAGGGGAAACACAACAGCAACUUGCAGAGAUUCAGGAAGUUUGGGAAGAACUCAACUUGACAAUGAAACGGCGGGAGGAGUCAUUGGGGGAAGCCAGCAAACUGCAAGGUUUCCUCAGGGAUUUGGAUGAUUUCCAAUCGUGGCUUUCCCGCACCCAGACUGCCAUAGCCUCAGAAGACAUCCCUACUUGUCUGCCUGAGGCGGAGAGUUUGCUCGCACAACAUGAGAGCAUCAAGAAUGAGGUGGACAACUACAAAGAUGACUAUGAGAAGAUGCGUGCGGUCGGUGAAGAGGUGACUCAGGGUCAGACCGAUGCCCAGCACAUGUUCUUGGCCCAGAGGCUGCAGGCCCUGGACACAGGCUGGCAUGAGCUUCGUCGUAUGUGGGAGAACCGACACAGCCUCCUGGCACAAGCGUUCGAUUUUCAGACUUUUCUCAGAGAUGCAAAGCAAGCAGAGGCUUUUCUCAACAGCCAGGAGUACGUUCUGUCUCACACAGAGAUGCCCACAAGUCUACAGGGGGCAGAGGAGGCCAUCAAGAAACAUGAAGAUUUCCUCACAACUGCAGAGGCCAGCGAGGAGAAGAUAACCGGAGUGGUGGAGGCAGGACGAAGACUCAUUAACGAUGGCAACGCAAACUCUGAUAAGAUUGAGGAGAAGGUGGACUCUGUUCAAGAAAGGCAUCUCAAGAAUAAACAGACUGCAAAUGAGCUGCUGUCCAAGCUCAAAGAUAACCGUGAGCUCCAACACUUCCUUCAAGAUGGACAAGAAUUGACAUUAUGGAUCAAUGAAAAAAUGUUAACCGCUCAGGACAUGUCAUAUGAUGAGGCCAGAAAUCUUCACAGCAAAUGGCAGAAACAUCAAGCCUUCAUGGCAGAGCUGGCAUCCAACAAAGACUGGCUGGAUAAAAUUGAUAAGGAGGGACAGGCUCUCGUGGCAGAAAAGCCUGAGCUGAAGUCUGUUGUUCAGCAAACACUGGAGGAUCUGCAGAAACAGUGGGAGGAGCUUGAAAGCACCACUCGCACCAAAGCGCAGUGUUUGUUUGAUGCCAACAGGGCAGAACUUUUCACACAGAGCUGCUCAGCUCUUGAUGUCUGGCUCAAAAAUCUGGAGGGCCAGCUACAUAGUGACGACUAUGGAAAAGACUUAACCAGCGUUAACAUAUUGCUUAAAAAACACCAGAUGUUGGAACAUCAGAUGGAAGUCAGAGAGAAGGAGGUGCAGUCGCUGCAGACCCAGGCCCUGGCUCUCUCUCAGGAAGAUGCUAGACUUGUGGAAGUAGAUGGUCAGCAAAGAAGAGUAACUGACACCUUUGCACUGCUUCAGGAGCCUCUUAGUCAGCGGAGACAGCAGCUGUUGGCCUCCAAAGAAGCUCACCAGUUCAACAGAGACUUGGAGGAUGAAAUUCUGUGGAUAAACGAGAGAAUGCCACUGGCAACCUCUAUAGACAAUGGAAAAGACUUGCCUACUGUGCAACUGCUAAUCAAGAAGAAUCAGACCCUGCAGAAGGAGAUCCAAGGCCAUCAGCCUCGCAUUGACGACAUCCACAAACGAGGCCAGACUCAGAGCCAGGUGGACGGUGAGAGGCAGUCUGUGCUCACUGAGCGUCUUUCCGAACUGAAAGAUCUCUGGGACCAACUGAUGGCAGAAACUGACAAUCGCCAUGAACGUCUACUGGAGGCUCACCGCGCACAGCAGUUCUACACAGACGCGGCUGAAGCUGAAGCCUGGAUGGGAGAACAGGAGCUGCAUAUGAUGUCUGAGGAAAAAGCUAAGGAUGAACAGUGUGCAUUAGUGAUGGUUAAGAAGCACCAGGUUUUGGAACAGGCCCUUGAGGACUAUGCUCAGACUAUUCACCAACUUGCCAACAGUAGUCGCCUCAUGGUCACAAGUGAGCACCCAGAAAGUGAGCGAAUAAAUCUUCGUCAAGCACAAGUAGACAAGUUAUAUGCUGGGUUGAAGGAUCUGGCUGAGGAGCGCCGCGGUCGGCUACAAGAGAGACUACGUCUGACACAGCUGAAGCGAGAGGUGGAUGACCUGGAGCAGUGGAUUGCUGAGAGAGAGGUGGUCGCAGGAUCACAUGAACUUGGACAAGACUAUGAACAUGUCACUAUGCUAAGAGACAAGUUCCGUGAGUUUGCUCGGGACACCAGCACGAUUGGACAAGAGCGUGUUGACGGUGUGAAUGCUCUGGCAGAUGACCUGAUUGAGUCGGGUCACCCUGAAAACGCCAGUGUCGCAGAGUGGAAGGACGGGUUGAACGAGGCCUGGGCCGACCUACUUGAGCUCAUUGACACACGGACACAAAUGUUGGCAGCAUCGUAUGAGCUCCAUCGCUUCCACCAGGACGCCAUGGAAGUACUUGGACGAAUCAAAGAGAAGAAAGACGCUGUGCCUUCAGACCUGGGGCGUGAUCUGAACACAGUCCAACACCUCCACAGACAGCACAACACCUUUGAAAAUGAUAUUCAAGCUCUCAGUGGACAGGUGAACCAGGUGCAAGACGAUGCGGCACGGCUACAGAAAGCCUACGCUGGAGAAAAAGCAGAGGACAUACAAAAGAGUGAACAUGCCGUCUCAUCUGCAUGGGAGGGUCUUCUGGAGGCUGGUAAAGCUCGCAGGCUCCUUCUGCUGGACACUAUUGAGAAGUUUCGCUUCUUCAACAUGGUCCGAGAUCUUAUGCUAUGGAUGGACGGUGUCAACUUACAGAUAGAUGCUCAUGACAGCCCAAGGGAUGUGUCUUCUGCAGGGCUUGUCAUUGCUAAUCAUCAGGACAUCAAAUCAGAAAUUGAGGCCAGAGCAGAUAGUUUCACUGCCUGUAUAGAUAUGGGGAAAGCUCUUAUCAACAAUAGCCACUAUGCAUCAGAUGAGAUAAGAGAAAAACUUAAUCAACUCCAAGAAAAGAGAGAAAAGAUAAACAACAAGUGGCAAGACAAGAUGGAACAUUUACAAAUAGUGCUGGAGGUUUUGCAGUUUGGGCGUGAUGCGUAUGUGGCAGAGUCGUGGUUGGCAGGGCAGGAGCCUCUUGUGCGAGCAGCUGAACUCGGGUCAAACGUGGACGAAGUGGAGAGCCUCAUCAAGCGGCACGAGGAAUUUGAGAAACUCGCGGCAUCAUGGGAAGAGAGAUUUGUUUUGUUAGAGAAACUCACAACACUUGAGGAGCAAGAGAUCCAGAGAAUGCGAGAGGAGGAGGAGAGGGCGCGACGACCACCCACGCCUGCUCCCAUCGAGGUUCAGUCAGAGGUGGAAAGUCACCCACACGACUCGGCUGCCAGAACGAGUUUGGACCAAACCACGCUGAACCAGUCUGCAUCCGUGAAUGGAGUACACAGCGACAAUGACACUUCUCAGGGCUCGGAGACGGAGUCUGUGAAUGGGCCGGGCCGAGACAGCGGCCUGGCAUCAUCGCGUCUGGAUCCAUCUGCAACGUUACCGAUGCGAGGUGGGGCAGAGUCUGAGCCUGAGGCCAUGGAGGGAAUGUUGUGUCGCAAACAGGAGAUGGAGUCUCACAAUAAGAAGGCAGCCAGCAGGUCGUGGCAGAAUGUGUACUGCGUCAUAAGGAAAGGAAGUCUUGGAUUUUAUAAAGACGGGAAAAGUGCAAGUAAUGGCAUUCCAUAUCACGGAGAGGUGCCCAUAAGCUUGGGAGAUGCUGUUUGUGAGGUAGCAAAUGAUUACAAGAAGAGGAAACACGUGUUUAAGCUCAGACUGGGAGAUGGAAAAGAGUACCUGUUCCAAGCAAAGGAUGAGGCGGAGAUGAGCUCCUGGAUCCAGUCCAUCCACACUUCCAUUCCCCCGGCUGCAGGAGACUCGCCUUGUGGGCCGAAGGUCCUGAGCCGGGCCAUGACAAUGCCUCCUAUAUCCCCGAGUUCAGGAGAAGCUGGAGGCGUCACCAUGCGCAACAAAGAAGGCAAAGAAAAGGAUCGAGAAAAGAGGUUUAGCUUCUUUGGCAAAAAGAAGUAG